AGCUAUGAAAACUAGUCAAACCUGAUUGGUCAACAAGUUGAAACUGUGAUAUGUAUACAUUUAGACACAUCUGUCUGCAGACAAAGAGAGGCAAACUGUUGUCAAAAACUCAGGAAAGAAGGUUUAUACUGUAGUUGAAGGAACGUGAAGGUGCUGACAUGAAGUUGAGACUGUUGGCGGUGGUGACUGUGGCGCUUCUGGUGCUCAGCCCAUCCGAGGCCCAGACCAUCUCCAAAUGCGAGCUGAAAGACAAGCUUGAGGCAGCGAUCACCCUGCCCAGAAUCCUUCAAAGAUUCAAGGAAAGACUCCUGGCAAUAGUUGUCUGUCACAUGGAGCUGGUGUCAGAGUUUCCCAGGAUGGAAGACCAAAACAGUAGGGAGAUCACAAUAUGGCCCCUCUCCGGGGAGCCUCCAACGACAACCUGGCCUACACCACCAACCCGCCUGGAUGAGCCUGAGGACCCUUUAAUCCCAAUAUGGCAGAACGACAGGCAGCGACGGGCCGUCAACAAGCCUACACCAUCCACUCAUCCUAAAACGUCCAUUAAUCCCAAAACAUCCAUUAAUCCCAAAGCAUCCCCUCGUCCCAACACAUCCACUCGUCCCAACACAUCCCCUCGUCCCAACACAUCCCCUCGUCCCAAAACAUCCCCUCGUCCCAACACAUCCACUCUUCCCAACACAUCCACUCACCACAACACAUCCACUCUUCCCAACACAUCCCCUCGUCCCAACACAUCCACUCGUCCCAACACAUCCACUCGUCCCAAAACAUCCCCUCGUCCCAACACAUCCACUCUUCCCAACACAUCCACUCACCACAACACAUCCACUCAUUCCAACACAUCCAUUCAUUCCAACACAUCCACUCAUCCCAACACAUCCACUCACCCCAACACAUCCCCUCGUCCCAACACAUCCACUCACCACAACACAUCCAUUCAUUCCAACACAUCCACUCAUCCCAACACAUCCACUCUUCCCAACACAUCCACUCUUCCCAACACAUCCCCUCGUCCCAACACAUCCACUCGUCCCAACACAUCCACUCAUUCCAACACAUCCAUUCAUUCCAACACAUCCACUCUUCCCAACACAUCCACUCUUCCCAACACAUCCACUCUUCCCAACACAUCCACUCACCACAACACAUCCAUUCAUUCCAACACAUCCACUCAUCCCAAAACAUCCCCUCGUCCCAACACAUCCACUCGUCCCAACACAUCCACUCGUCCCAACACAUCCACUCGUCCCAAAACAUCCCCUCGUCCCAACACAUCCACUCUUCCCAACACAUCCACUCUUCCCAACACAUCCACUCACCACAACAUAUCCACUCAUUCCAACACAUCCAUUCAUUCCAACACAUCCACUCAUCCCAACACAUCCACUCUUCCCAACACAUCCCCUCGUCCCAACACAUCCACUCGUCCCAACACAUCCACUCGUCCCAAAACAUCCCCUCGUCCCAACACAUCCACUCUUCCCAACACAUCCACUCAUUCCAACACAUCCAUUCAUUCCAACACAUCCACUCAUCCCAACACAUCCACUCACCCCAACACAUCCACUCAUUCCAACACAUCCAUUCAUUCCAACACAUCCACUCAUCCCAACACAUCCACUCACCCCAACACAUCCACUCAUUCCAACACAUCCACUCAUUCCAACACAUCCACUCACCCCAACACAUCCACUCAUCCCAACACAUCCACUCAUUCCAACACAUCCACUCAUCCCAACACAUCCACUCAUUCCAACACAUCCAGUCAUCCCAACACAUCCACUCACCCCAACACAUCCAGUCAUCCCAACACAUCCACUCACCCCAACACAUCCACUCAUCCCAACACAUCCACCGACCCUACAGACCAGGCCCAGCCUGGAAACUCUUCAACUACAAUCCGUCCCAGGCAGCGACGGGGUGUCAGGCAGCUUCCAUCCAACAACACUGGUCCUACACCAUCCACCCACCCUCCACACCUGGACGAGAAGGUCUGGGCACUCUAUGGUCUUUUCCAGCUCAGCAGUCACCUGGUCUGCAGCAAUGGCACGACUCCAUCACCCAACAUCUGUGGGAUGGACUGCAACAACUUGAUUGAUGACAACAUAAGUGAUGACAUCAGCUGUGUGAUGAUGAUCUUCAAACAGCUGAUCAUCAAGAUCAUCUACCAGCAACAGUGCAGUAAUCAGAAUCCCUCUGAGUACUUUGCUGAAUGCUCUUAACCUAAAUACAUUUAGUGCCAAAGCUAUCACUGGAAGGAUUCACUACCUCCCAAAUGAGUGGCCAGUGAUUUAUGGCAAUAAUAAAGUGAAGCAUGUUGCUCUGGCUCUGUUUAUGUGAUAUCUAUAAACCAAAAAUUAAGCCUGCCACAUAGCAUUGGGCACAAGACCGAUGAAGGAAUUUCCACAGAAACAAUGAAAAUGGUCGAAAGAUUGGUUCUAUAAAUAUUAUGUGUUAUUAUUGCUUCAGCAGCAAUAAUGAAUUCCAUUAUUUUGUUAUUAGGUUGUAUGAUUUGAGUCACCAGCACACUACCAACAAGUCAAGAGUCCUAUAUUUAACAAAUGUAAGAGACCCUAAAUAGGUGGGGCUGAAUCCGACAUUUCACUGUAUAUUUAUUAUUGUUUUUGAUCUUCCC